CAUAUUCUGUGUCCAUAAACAUGUCAAACCAACGAUGACAGGAUGCUACUGCUGGGCGGUGAAUACUCCUUCUCCUGUUCACAGAGUACAGUCAGACUCACAUUAUUAAUUGUUACAGAAUAGUAACAAAUAGGUGACAGAGAUCGACUGUCUGGAAGGAAAUAGACUGCAUUCUAGAAGGAGCUGGCUGAAUUUAAGAUGAGCUGUUCACAUGUUGAUCAGACUGCCCGGAGCUGAUAUGUUGACCAACUGAAAGAACAGAGCAAAAAGAGGAUCAACACUUCACCACAGUUAAUUGCGUUCUGGUGCCUGAUUUUUGUGAACUCCUUAAGGGAGCUACCAUCCAGAAGCCAACAUGGCUGACAAAAUGAAUACAUUGCCGUUCUUCUAUGGCAACAUCACCAGGGAGGAGGCAGAGGACUACCUGCGGCAGGCAGGCAUGAGCAAUGGCAUGUACCUGCUACGGCAAAGCCGAAACUAUCUUGGGGGCUUUGCGUUGUCUGUGUCAUAUUCAGGCCACUGCUACCACUACACCAUUGAAAGAGAACCCAAUGAAACAUAUGCUAUUGCUGGUGGCAAGAGCCAUAGGACCCCUGUGGAUGUGAUUGAUUAUCACUCUCAGGAAAUGGAUGGCCUUAUUUGUCUGCUAAAGAAGCCCUGCAACAGGCCCAAAAACAUGCUGCCAAAAGUGGGACCAUUUGAGGACCUGAAGGAAAAACUGAUCCGAGAGUAUGUAAAGAUGACCUGGAACCUGCAGGGAGCAGCUCUGGAGCAGGCUAUCAUUAGCCAAAGGCCUCAGUUGGAGAAGCUCAUUGCCACCACUGCACAUGAAAAAAUGCCCUGGUUCCAUGGUACAAUAACGCGAGAAGAAUCUGAGCCCAGGCUUCAAAACGGCUCCCGUUUUGAUGGAAAGUUCUUGAUCCGACAGAGAGAUCUGAAUGGGUCAUACGCUCUGUGUUUACUACAUGCAGGACAAGUUAUGCAUUAUCGCAUUGACAGAGACAGGACUGGCAAGCUCUCUAUCCCAGAUGGCAAGAAGUUUGACACCCUGUGGCAGUUAGUGGAGCACUACUCAUACAAACCAGAUGGCUUGCUGCGAGUGCUAACAGAACCCUGUCCAAGACCUGAUGGAGAAAUGGGACGGCCACUCCUCCCAAGGAACCAUCCAGGAGUAUUAGGUCCAGGAGUAUUAGGUUCUACUCUUCAAAGUGCAGCAGAUGGAAUUCUCUCCAAACUCAGAAGUGUUCCCAUACCUGGCCGAAAAAAGAUCCAAGGAUCUCAACUUAACACCACUGAUAAUCUCAAUCCUUAUGAAACCAGAGUGCCCAAUAAUCAAGCAGCCGGCAUUGAGGCCAUGCCUAUGGACACAGAGGUAUACGAGAGUCCAUACGCAGACCCAGAUGAACUGAGGAGUUCCACAGUGGAUCGCAAUCAGCUCUUCUUGGAAGAUGGAGAACUGGGCUCUGGGAACUUUGGAACUGUCAUGAAGGGCAUCUACAAGAUGAGGAAGACAGAGAAGCCAGUUGCAGUCAAAAUCCUGAAGAAUGACGAUAACAACCCAUCAGUACGUGAGGAAAUGCUGCGAGAAGCCAAUGUCAUGCAGCAGCUGGACAAUCCUUAUAUUGUCCGGAUGAUCGGUAUCUGUGAGGCAGAGAGCCUCAUGCUGGUCAUGGAGCUGGCUGAGCUGGGACCUCUCAACAAGUUCCUGCAGAAAAACAAGCAAACAACCAUAAAGAACAUCACAGAGCUGGUCCACCAGGUGUCUAUGGGGAUGAAGUACUUGGAGGAGAAUAACUUUGUCCACAGGGACCUUGCUGCCAGGAAUGUACUGCUGGUCACACAGCAUUACGCCAAGAUCAGUGACUUUGGCCUCUCAAAAGCUGUUGCAGAGGAACAAAACUACUACAAGGCCAAGGGUCAUGGGAAGUGGCCAGUGAAAUGGUAUGCUCCUGAGUGUAUAAACUAUUUUAAAUUCUCAUCCAAAAGUGAUGUUUGGAGUUUUGGAGUACUCAUGUGGGAGGCCUACUCAUGGGGCCAGAAACCAUAUAAGGGAAUGAAAGGAAACGAUGUUAUGCAGAUGAUUGAAAGUGGAAAGCGUAUGGAGGCCCCAGUGAGCUGUCCACCAGAAAUGUAUGACCUCAUGAGGACUUGCUGGACAUACAAGGUAGACGAAAGGCCUGGAUUUACUGUUGUUGAGCCAAGACUUCGAGAGUACUAUUACGACAUUGCACAGUGAUUCUUCAUGUGGCUGUUAUGAGACUAUGCAAACUAUUGGUUGAUGAGGAAAAACUACCUUUAAUUAUGCAUGAAUGACUUGAGAUGGUUAUGAAUUAUACAUGGUAUUGUAAAAUACUGGCUUAAACCUGAGGAUUUAUUCUAUCUGUAAAUACAAACAGAAUUAUGCAUUUCUGACAUUGGUUUUAUUAAUUUCCUUCCUGAAUGUAAACAGUAUGAAAAUUGUAAUAAACAGAUACAAGUCCAGCUUA